AUCUGAGAAACUCGAGUUCCACUACCAGUUACGCCCAAGCUGCAGUGCGCUCUCAAAUAUCACUCCUUCAAAUAUUACAUUCCUUUAACACAUACAAUCCUUUCAAGCCAUGGUUCGCCUGCUUACGACUCUGCCCGUCUGGGCGGCCAUUCUCCUGAAUGCCAUCCCCACAGCGGUCAACGCCCAAUCGACAUGUGCCACCAAGGGCCGCCCAACAGGCAAAGUCCUCCAGGGCUACUGGGAGAGCUGGGACAACUCAGCCGUGCACCCCGGCUUUGGCUGGACGCCCAUCAACAACUCGGCCCUGCGCCAGCACGGCUACAAUGUCUACGCAGCGGCGUUCCCCAUCAUCCAGCCGGACGGCACCGCGCUGUGGAGCAACACCAUGGACGCCGGCAGCAAGAUCGCGACGCCCGAGGAAAUGUGCGCAGCCAAGGCGGCCGGCGCGACGAUCCUGCUCUCCAUCGGCGGGCAGAACGGCGCCAUCAACCUGGCCUCUAGCGACGUGGCGGACCGCUUCGUCGCGACGAUUGUGCCGAUCCUGAAGCAGUACAACUUUGACGGCAUCGACAUUGACAUUGAGAACGGGCUCGUCAACUCGGGCAACAUCAACACGCUGUCGACCUCGCAGGCCAACCUGAUCCGCAUCAUUGACGGGAUCCUCGCGGCCAUGCCGUCCAACUUUGGGCUCACGAUGGCGCCCGAGACGGCGUACGUCACGGGCGGCAGCGUCGUGUACGGCAGCAUCUGGGGCGCGUACCUGCCCAUAAUCAAGAAGUACGCCGACAACGGGCGGCUGUGGUGGCUCAACAUGCAGUACUACAAUGGCGAGAUGUACGGGUGCAGCGGCGACUCCUACCCGGCGGGCUCGGUGGCCGGCUUCAUCGCCCAGACGCAGUGUCUCGACCGGGGCCUCGUGGUGCAGGGCACGACAAUCAGGGUGCCGUACGACAAGCAGGUCCCCGGCCUGCCGGCACAGGUGGGCGCCGGUGCGGGAUACCUGUCUACGGACCAGGUGAAUUCGGUGUGGAACAACUUUGGCGGGAGCCUCAAGGGCAUGAUGACGUGGUCGAUCAACUGGGAUGCCUCAAAGGGGUGGACCUUCGGAGACAACCUCAAGGGUAAACUGGGCACUGCAUGAGCGUUUGUUCUGCUGGCACCAUCUUCCUUUACCUUUUUGAGGUGUGGAUUCUGGGACACGAUUCACGCAUUUCUUGUUAAUAUUCUGAAUAUGUACAUAUCUUGCCGAGAGUUGCUCGAGGUACGGGAAAGGCGUUGCUGGUCUUGUGGUAUAUUUGAUCAAUGAUAAACGAAAGUCCCUGGUUUCGGAGC